AUGGUCAGUGCUAAGGCUAGUUCUCAAUUCCAAAGAUGUUACAGUGUUAGCCCUAAUGACUUUAGGCCCUGUGGCUCUGGCCCCUCUAAUAUUGGCCCUAAUGGCUUUGGCAUCGAUGGUGCUAGCCCCAAUGGCUUUGGCCUCGAUGACUUCAGUCGCUCUAGUAGUGCUGGCCCCAAUGAUUCUAACCCUUGUGGCUCCAGCCCUUUUGGUGCUGACCUUAAUAGUUUUGGCCCUAAUGGUGCUGGCCCCAAUGGCUUUGGCUAUUGUGGCUUCGACCUCAAUGGCUUUGGCCCUUGUGGCUUCGACCUCAAUGGCUUUAGCCCUUGUGGCUUUGACCCCUAUGGCUUCGGCCUCUCAAGUGCUGGCACCAAUGGCUUUAGUUCUAAUAGUGCUGGCCCCAAUGACUUCGGUCCUUAUGGCUCCAGUCCUUUUAGUACUUACCCUAAUGGCUCUGGCCCUUAUGGCUCCGGUCCCUCUAGUACUAGCCCCAAUGGCUCCGGCCACUCUGGUGGUGCUAGCUUCAAUGGUACUGGCCCCAAUGACUUUGACUCUUAUGGCUCAGGCCCCUCUAUUGUUAGCUCCUAUGGCUUUAGCCCCGAUAGUGCUAGCCCCAAUGACUUUAGCCCUUGUGGCUUUAACCUCAAUAGCUUUGACCCUUGUGGCUGUGGCCUUUCUAGUGCUAGCCCCAAUGGCUUUGGGCCCGAUGGUUCUAGCCCUAAUGACUUCAGCCCUUAUGGCUUUGGCCCUAAUGGCUUUGGCCGUUGUGGCUUCAGCCCCUAUGGCUUCGGCCUUUAA